AUGUGUGGUAUCCACGCGUCGGUUUCCACCAAGGAGUUCCAAGGACCAACAGAUGGAUUGAAGCAGCUACUUUGCAACAGAGGGCCAGAUCAUCUAGGAGAAGAAGAGAUUAAGUUUGAAGCCGAAGAUGGUACAACGCGAUACAUUUCGUUUACAUCUACUGUGCUUGCCUUACGGGGAGGUCACAUUACCACACAGCCAUUCAAAGACAGCGCAAGUGGCUGCAUUCUCUGCUGGAACGGUGAAGCCUGGGCUGUCGAUUCGACUCCCGUGGUAGGUAAUGAUGGCAAGUUUGUUUUUGACUUGCUGUUGAAGGCAAGCUCCUCAAACCUCUCUUCUACAGAGUCAGUGGAUGCUAUCGUCAAAGUUUUGCGAAGCAUCUCAGGGCCGUUCGCCUUUGUAUUUCUCGAUUCCAAUCAUGGCUUCAUGUAUUUCGGCAGAGACUGCUUAGGGAGGAGGUCACUUCUCCUCAACAAAGAUACCAGCCCGUUGGCUAUGGAAUUAUCAAGCUGUGCGGAUCACCUUGAUUCUAAUUGGAAGGAAGUGGAGGCGGACGGAAUCUACCAGCUUUCGCUCAAUGUGCAGACCGGUACCGAAGAAACAGAAACUGGUAGUGGAAUUCCAUCGACGCAGCCCCUAUUUCCUUGUCAGAGGUAUUCAUGGGACGCCGGUAAAUCCGAACCUAAGCUAGGAGUGUUCAAUAAAGCGAUUCCUAAUCAAGGAUAUAUGCUUAAUCUGCACAGUCCUUCAGUCCAGCAAUUACGAGACCAGCUUUACGAGUCAUUGAAGCCAAGGAUUCUAAAUGUUCUCGUACCACCAGGACAAGUGACAAAUCAAAACGUCCGAAUUGCCGUAUUAUUUUCUGGAGGACUCGACUGCACCGUUUUAGCUCGAAUUGCUCAUGAAUUGCUUCCUGCUGACCAAGAGAUAGACCUGCUUAACGUCGCUUUUGAGAAUCCUAGGACGAUCAACGCCGCCAAUAAAGCGUUACAAACAGGGAAGCAAAAGACGACCCCUUCUCCCAAUAAAAAAGAAGAAGAAGAAGCUCCCGGUGGUUCUCCAGAGGUGUCAACAACAGUUUCUUGUUACGAAAAAUGUCCAGAUAGAGAGACGGGACGAAAGGCUUUCGCAGAACUGAGAAGUGUUUGCCCUAGCCGUCACUGGAGAUUUGUUGCGGUCAACGUGCCGUACGCUGAGACGCUUGCUCACAAGUCCAAAGUGAUAGGGCUGAUCUCUCCGCACAACACUGAAAUGGAUCUUUCGAUUGCAUAUGCAUUAUACUUCGCUUCUCGCGGCUGCGGCAUGGCGUCUACUGACACCGAAUCUGCAGCGAUUCAGUAUCAGACAUCAGCACGUAUUCUUCUGUCCGGUCUUGGUGCUGAUGAGCUGUUUGGCGGUUAUACACGCCACACGACUGCUUUUAGACGUAAUGGUUACCCUGCGCUGCUUGACGAACUGGAAUUGGACGUUCGCCGGUUGGGAAAGAGAAAUCUAGGACGAGACGACAGGGUAAUUUCCUACUGGGGUCGUGAAGCAAGAUUUCCCUAUCUUGAUGAGUCUUUGGUCAAAUGGGCUGUCGAGCGACCUGUCUGGGAGAAAUGUGGCUUUUCAAAUGAAGUAUUGGAAGCUUCUGAGACUCCCCAAGUGGACCCCGAGAAAAAAAUCUUACGUUUGGUUGCGUAUGGACUGGGAAUGCCGUCGGUGGCCGUGGAAAAGAAAAGAGCGAUCCAAUUUGGUGCAAGGACAGCCAAAAUGGAGAUCGGAAGAACCAAAGGCACAACUUUGAUUACCUAA